AUGAAACCAACAAUGGCAACGCCAACAACCAUAUUUUUUGCUGUAGAGCUUGACCCCGUACAGAACCCCGAGUUUGGCGACAUCAACAACAACCAUGUUGGGAUUGAUAUCAAUGAUUUGCGCUCAGUGAACUCAACUCCAGCGGGAUAUCAUGCUCUAAACAAUGGCGGUUUCCGAAACUUGACCCUCCUCAGUGGUCAACCAAUGCAAGUUUGGGUGGAGUAUGAUGGUAUCCAGAAGCAAAUCAAUGUCACUUUGGGUCCAAUCAAUGUUGAUAAACCCCAUAUUCCACUCAUGUCUUUGAAGUAUGACCUUUCCACGGUCCUUAACAUGAUCAUGUAUGUUGGCUUCUCCUCUACUGCUGGCUCACUCGUCACAUCUCAUUAUGUUCUAGGAUGGAGCUUUGAGAUGAAUGGCCAGGCUCCAGAACUUGUUCUCUCACAACUUCCUAAGCUGCCCCGGAUAGGAGCAAUUUCAAGUUUAAUUUAUGCCAUAAGAAGGAAGAAGAAGUUUGCAGAGCUGCUUGAAGAUUGGGAGCUUGAGUAUGGGCCGCAAAGGUUUAAAUAUAAAGAGUUAUAUAUGGCAACAAAAGGGUUUAGGGAGAAGGAGCUUUUGGGAAGUGGGGGAUUUGGUAAGGUCUAUAAAGGCAUAUUACCUUCCUCCAAAACUGAGAUUGCAGUGAAGAGGAUCUCACAUGAAUCAAGACAGGGGAUGAAGGAAAGAAAAGGGGAGCUGCUCUUGGUCUAUGACUACAUGCCUAAUGGAAGCCUGGACAAAUACCUGUACGACCAACCAGUGGUCACUCUCAAUUGGAGGCAGAGGUUCAGAGUGAUCAAAGGUGUGGCUUCAGGGUUGUUGUAUCUUCAUGAAGAAUGGGAACAAGUUGUGGUUCACAGAGAUGUGAAGGCCAGUAACAUAUUACUAGAUUUGGAAUUUAAUGCAAGACUAGGAGAUUUUGGCCUUGCAAGAUUAUAUGACCACGGAAAGGACCCUAAGACUACUCGUAUAGUUGGAACACUUGGGUAUCUAGCUCCGGAGCAUGCAAGAUUAGGCAGGGCCACAACACACACCGAUGUGUUUUCUUUUGGGGCAUUUUUGCUUGAAGUUGCCUGUGGAAGAAGGCCAAUAGAGACACAAGAUCAAGAUCUGGAUGUGGUUCUGAGAAGUAAUAUUCUUGAGGCAAUAGAUCUAAACUUUGGUUCAGAAUUCGUAGCAGAGGAGUUGGAAUUGGUGUUGAAGCUUGGGCUGUUGUGCUCUCAUUCAGAGCCUUCUGCUAGGCCAAGCAUGCGCCAAGUAGUGCAUUAUUUAGAGGGUGACAUUCCACUGCCGGAAUUGUCAUCUCUUGGUCUUUCUUCUGGUGGCUUGAAGGUCGCACACCACGAAGGUUUUGAUGAUUCGGCAAUGUCAUAUCCGUCUUCUAUGGGCAAGGAGAUGUCAUAUGUUCCAGAGUCGUCACUUCUCUCAGGUGGUCGCUGA